AUGGAGUCCGUAAAGAUUAUAAUUAUAUUUUACCUAAUCACUGGAUCCCUGGCUCAUAGUUCCGACUACACCCAGCUUAGAUUUCUGGACCAACUUAUUGAUAUUAUCCAGAAAGAUCGUCCUAUCGAGACAAUAUUAAUGUUCUGGCAAAGUGAGGACAAGACCUGCACUCUGCAACGCUGGAGUCCCAGCGGUAUUCCAUUUCUACGUUUUAAUGAGCUGGCCAGGAUGAGGCUGAGGGGAAAGUUCAACAGCCAGGCAUUGGCUAUUGUAUGUCUUAGAGAAGACUCCGAAUCCGACUCCGAGCUCCUCAAAUUAGUGGCAGAAGCUUUUGACACCAUGCGCCAGGAGCGAAUAAUACUGUGGAUGCAGAGGAAGCCCACUAAGAAGUUCCUCGAAGGGCUCUCCAGGCAAGCAGACUCGUUUAAGUUCACCAUGAUGAUGGUGCUGGAGAUGGCCCAUUUGCAAGACAUGGAAAUCAUACAGUUUGCCAAGAGGUGCAACGCAAGUCUGAAAGUACAUGAUGGAAUCCACGAAGAUCGUUUUGAUGUUAAACUAAAUCCGCAAAUUCUCACCAUGCAGAAAUUCAACAAUGAUAUAGAGGUCCUGACUUGGGUGUGGUACCUUUUGUGCGUCUACGGAUCCUUCGUGUUGGUGGAGUUAUUCAUUCUCGUUGUUACCCGCCGUAUAACCGGCGUGCCACACCGUCUCAACUUAUGGAACCCGCUCUUAAAUCUUCGAGCCUUUUGCGCCAUUUUAGGCCUUUCAUUUCCGGAGUUGCGCAGGGCCAGUCUCUCUCUUCGCCAGCUUUUUCUGGCCAUGACCGUCUUUGGGUUCAUUUUCAGCAACUUCUUCAGCUGCAAGCUGAGUGCUCUGGUCACCAAGCCCAUUGAACACGCUCAGGUGAGAAACUUUGAGGAAUUACGGGCCAGUGGAAUGACAACAGUUAUGGAUGUUUACCUUCGCUCCUAUAUAGAGAGGGAAAUCAAUCCGGAGUUUUUCAACUUGGUUGUCCCAAAAGUAAUUACUGUGGAACAUCCCGAACUUAUUUCCAGGGGAAAUAAGAUCUAUUGCGACUCUCAGGAUUUGGUUAUUACUGAGGGAUUGCCCUGGGUAUAUGUUACGCAGAAUAACUCUUUCUAUAAGCGGCCCUUGUCCGAUUUCUUGAUGAUUAUCCUGGAGACUGGCAUCUCUAAAUAUUGGAUGAAAAGCAUACAUGACAAUUAUAUGAAGUCCCAAAAUAUAAAGCCUCAAAUGGACAAGUCCAAUGUAGUUCCCAUAUCUCCUGACUAUCUGUGCUGGUUGUGGCAUAUGUUAUUUGUAGGCUAUGGCAUUGCCACAGUAGCUUUUCUAUUUGAAAUCGCACUGAAAAACAGAAGGAUGCGAAUAAAAAGACCGAGAACCAUCAGUGACACUUCGGUCUAA